UUUCAAAUCUGUCUUUUAAAGCCACUGCAAAUACUUAAAUUUAAGGUUAACAAAACUAAGUUGCAUUAACUAUCAAAUGAAAUUCAAUUUUUCAAGACAAAAUACAUUUUAAACACUUAAAAUGGUCAGCGAUAUUAAAGAUUAUUAUAAAUUGCUUAACAUAAAAAUGACUGCAACAGAAUCGGAGAUAAAGUCGGCGUAUAGAAAACAAGCUUUAUAUUGUCAUCCUGAUAAAAAUAAAAGCCCAAACGCAGCAGCUUUAUUUCGGGAAUUAACAGAAGCUAAAAAUAAAUUAACAAAUCCAAAUGCUAGGGAAAUUUAUGACAGACAAUUAUUACAAAAACGGCAGGAGCUAUUAAAACAAGAGCGUUUACGACAGGAGUUAUUAAAGCAAGAGCGAUUACGACAGGAGCGAUUAGAACAAGAGCGACUACAACAGAAGCUAAUACAAGAAGAGCAGGAUCGAUUACGACAGAAGCGAUUAGAACAAGAGCGACUACAACAGAAGCUAAUACAAGAAGAGCAGGAUCGAUUACGGAAGGAGGAAUUAGAGCAGAAGAAAUUAAGAAAUAGAGUAGCAAAAAUUAAAAUAGCAGUGAUUUGUAAACUCAGAAAACUCAAAAGAAAUUCAAAAGAGGUGAUCAUUAAUAGGUACAACAUUUUAUACCAACAACUGGUGUCAGCUGCUCAAUGUAUUUUAAAUACUUACAACUUCGUAAUUUCACUUCCUCGCUAUUGUUAUAUAAAAGCAAUUUGUAAAUUCAGACAAUUUAAAAGAAAUUCAAAAAAGAUGAUCAUUAAUACGUACAACUUUUUAUACCAACAACUAGUGUCAGCUGCUCAAUGUAUUUUAAAUACUUACAACUUCGUAAUUUCACUUCCUCGCUAUUGUUAUGUAAAAGCAAUUUGUAAAUUCAGACAAUUUAAAAGAAAUUCAAAAAAGAUGAUCAUUAAUACGUACAACUUUUUAUACCAACAACUAGUGUCAGCUGCUCAAUGUAUUUUAAAUACUUACAACUUUGUAAUUUCACUUCCUCGCUAUUGUUAUAUAAAAGCUAUUUGUAAAUUCAGACAAUUUAAAAGAAAUUCAAAAGAGAUGAUCAUUAAUACGUACAACUUUUUAUACCAACAACUAGUGUCAGCUGCUCAAUGUAUUUUAAAUACUUACAACUUUGUAAUUUCACUUCCUCGCUAUUGUUAUAUAAAAGCUAUUUGUAAAUUCAGACAAUUUAAAAGAAAUUCAAAAGAGAUGAUCAUUAAUACGUACAACUUUUUAUACCAACAACUAGUGUCAGCUGCUCAAUGUUUUUUAAAUACUUACUAUUUCGUAAUUUCACUUCCUCGCUAUUGUUAUAUAAAAGCUAUUUGUAAAUUCAGACAAUUUAAAAGAAAUUCAAAAGAGCUGAUCAUUAAUACGUACAACUUUUUAUACCAACAACUAGUGUCAGCUGCUCAAUGUAUUUUAAAUACUUACAACUUUGUAAUUUCACUUCCUCGCUAUUGUUAUAUAAAAGCUAUUUGUAAAUUCAGACAAUUUAAAAGAAAUUCAAAAGAGAUGAUCAUUAAUACGUACAACUUUUUAUACCAACAACUAGUGUCAGCUGCUCAAUGUAUUUUAAAUACUUACAACUUUGUAAUUUCACUUCCUCGCUAUUGUUAUAUAAAAGCUAUUUGUAAAUUCAGACAAUUUAAAAGAAAUUCAAAAGAGAUGAUCAUAAAUACGUACAACUUUUUAUACAAGAAGAUAGUGGCGCCGAUUCGUUAUUGCUUGUUAAAUACUUCCCGCAACUUUUUAUCAUUAUUUUGAUAAAAAUAUAUACUUUAUACUUUUUAUCAGUAUUUUUAGUAAUUCUAUUAACGAGGUAGGAGUCGCUACCGGAUAAUAUUUACGACAUAGUACAUAAAUUUGCAAUUAUUUAUUUUUUUCGUAAGUCUGUGUCGCGUCGCUUUAAGUGCCUUUCGAAAAUUGUACGACCAUAUAUGUAAUACUGCUAUAUGGCCAGCUGUCCAUUUGAGCCCGUACGAGGAACAGUCACGGGAAGAGUGAGAUGUAAAUAGGUAGUUUUUACCUAGUAAAAAGUGUAUAUAGUUAGACGCAUUUAUAUGAAUGUGUUGGGAAAAAUAAUAAACACGAGAAGUGUCAAAAGAGGCGCAGAAAUGAUUGUCUGCACCCUUCGAAAUUCACCGGACCUCUAUCUCGUCUAGCCAUAUAGUAGUAUUACAUAAUUGCGUUCGGCACUCGACCAUUUUGAAUGUGCACCAGUGGCGUACAAUUGUUUUUUUACCCAGUAGCGACUAUUUGUGUAUUAUUUUAUUUAUUUGUUAAUACACAUUACAAUUAUCAUUAUAAGUAAGAAUAUGUUAUGUUCCUUUGAUAUUGAUAUCGUUUCUUUAAUUUUUAUAAUUUUUAAUUUUAUGUUAGUUUAAUUUCAUUUUCUUUAUAAGCCAUAUAAAAAAAACAUUUAAUUUUAUGCUGUGAUUUCAUUUUAAAAAAA